AUGUGUAUGUGCCUCUGCCGUCGACGAGCGCUGAUCCUCAUCUAUUUCUAUCCACUGAGCGUGGUGCUUGUUACAACAACAGCAGCAGCAGCAGCAGGAGGAGGCAGUAGCAGCAGUACGACGGAUCGCUCGUCGUCGUUUGCUCUGCGGCAGCGGCGGAAUUCUGGUGGAUUGAUUAAUGUGCUGCUGCAUUCAAUGGAUCGAAUUCUGUCUGCGACAUCAAAUCGAUCAAUAUCUCUUAUUGAAUGUGCAAAUGCAAUAGCUCAAUGGUGGAACGCUGCCAUCUGGUCGUCAGUGCAGGCAUCUGACUCAUUCGUGAACUCCCUCAAUAUCAGAGAAGUCCAAAUGCAUGGCUUAUCCGAAUGGGCUCACCUACCGGUUCUUUCCAAGCUGUCUAUUGGCUAG